CCAGUUUGGAUGAAGAAGAACCAGAAGCUCUGCAGAUAAAAGAAGAGCAGCAAGAACCAGAACAUCCCUGGACAAAAGAGGAAACCAUGGAGCUCCCCAUAACUGAGCAGGAAGAGCAGCUUGUUCUGCAGCAGCAGACUGAAGAUAAAGAGGAAACUUUCCCAGGUUUGACAUGUGGAGAAAACUUUCUGAAAGAAGAACAUUUAAUCGAUCAUGUGAGAACCCACACAGGUCAGAAUACGUAUGAAUGUCUCUCCUGUGGAAAAAUGUUCACAACAAAAUAUAGUUUUGAUAAACACAUCAGAAUUCACACAGGUGCAAAGCCUUUUUCCUGUACCAUUUGUAAAAAACAAUGUACAGAAAAAGGUAGCUUGAUUUCUCACACGAGAAGACCUUUUGAAUGUCUGUCCUGUGGAAAAAGCUUCACUCGGAAAUCUAGUCUUAAUAAACACAUCAGAAUUCACACAGGUGAGAAACCUUUUUCCUGCACGAUUUGUUACAAGAAUUUUACCGGAAAAAGUGAUCUGACUUCUCACAUGAGAAUUCACACCGGAGAGAGGCCUUUUGAAUGUCUGUCCUGUGGAAAAAGCUUCCCCUCUAAGUCUGAUCUUUACAAACACAUCAGAAUUCACACAGGCGAGAAACCUUUUUCCUGUACCAUUUGUAAGAAAAGCUUUACACAAAAUAGUAGUUUGAUUAAACACACAAGAAUCCACACUGGUGAGAAGCCUUUUGAAUGUCUGUCCUGUGGAAAACGCUUCACCUCUAAGUCUGAUCUUGACAAACACAUGAGAGUUCAUACAGGUGAGAAGCCGUUUGAAUGUCUGUACUGUGGAAAACGCUUCACCCAGAAAUCUAUCCUUGAUGUUCACACCAGAAUUCACACAGCUGAGAAGCCUUUUUCCUGCAUGAUUUGUGGCAAACAUUUUAACGUAAAAUGUAAUUUGAUUAAACACAUGAGAAUUCACACAGGUGAUGGCCAUUGAUUUAUUACAAAGGUUUUAAACAAGAAUGUAAUUUUAGUAUUCAGAUGACAUUUAUUCAUGCAUGAUGUGGAAUGAUUUAUGUAAAUAAAAAAACAUUAGUUUCACAUAAGUCACAGCAGUUAGACACCACAGGAAUUAACAAUAGAUGCGUUUUCUGUGUUUGACUGGUUAUAAAAUGUCCAUCUAGAAACUCCUUUACCUCAUUACAUGAGAAACUCAUGGAUUAAUGGCUUUUUGUGAAUGUGUGAAUAAAUAUGUGAAUGUGAGUAAAUUCGAUUUAAAUGACCAAAAAAAGAACGUUGUCCUAACAAAAAAAAAAAGAUGUUUACAUUCACAAUUUCUUACUUUUUCUGUAAUGAAUGGAAUAAAUAAAUUAUUAUAUAAAAGCGCAACAACAACAUCUUGGUUGCAGAUGAAGCAAGUUUGCUGUCCAUACAACAAGAAAUUGAGAAGUUCUAGAUGUUUGAAUUGAAAUAAAUCCAGAUGAACGUGUGUUGUUGAAACCAGGCCCACCAAAACUCCAACUGUUUUUGGCCCAGUGUUAGAGCUAUGGUCAAUGGAUAUUAGAAUGAAGUAGAUCAUCUAUAGAGGAGUCUCAGAUGAAGAUUUGGGACAUAUAUAAGUGUGUGUCAGUCUCAGAGUUAGUCAGCUACAAGCUAAUUAAUGUUGCAAAGUAGCUCCAGCCACCUUGAAAGGGGGUGCUGGGAUUAUGGGGUUAAACUACGGGACAUCAAAGAACUCAGUUUAGAGGCUGGAGUCUGUAGUUCAGGUAAAUUGAAGUCCUAAAAUGAUGAAACAUGUUUGUUUAAAAAGAUAAACAGGAUUGAUGAUGUUAUUUUUUCUGAUCAGUUUGAACCUGCUUUAACUUGGUAAAAAGCCUUUGUCUUAAUAAUGUAUUAAAGAAAUAUGAAACUCUUCUAGAAGUGUAAAGUUUCUGCUUUUUAAAGAUUUUUAAAAGUAACAUUUUCCUUUGAACUAAUGUUCUUGUCCUUGAUUCUGUAGAUGUUCUAUUUACCUGCUAUAAUUGAAAGUAACUAUCACCUAUUUUAUACAACUGAUUUUAUGGAUUAUAUUCUGCUGUGGAUGUUUUUAAUUAUUGUAAUCACUUCUAAAUUGAUGAACGAGCGGAAAUAAAAACCUCAUGGAUUGUAAAAAA